UUUUUCCUGUACAAUCCAUCAUGACCAAGAAUAAAAAGAAAAUAGAACAGGGGAUAUUCAAACCAUAUAUAGGACUAAAACCAGGCAUAAGUAAGUCUUCAUCGAACACCAACGUUCCUGUCUUUCGUCAAACUACACUUUCUUUUGCGACACUUUCGAAAACAGACAACCAGGGUCACAUGGAAACUACAAAUAUGCAACAAUACGAUCAACAACAACAACAACAACAACAACAACAAUAUUUGACAAUUCCAAUGGAUAUACAACAGGAAGCAGAAGGAUCGACCAACCUUGGAAAGAAACGGACAAUCGGAUCAGCAUUCAAAAUAGAAGAUUCAAAAGAUCUACCCUUAGAGAAACUGGUGAUUGAAGAGGACGACAGUAACGAUAAAUGGACUAUAAUGGACAUUGACCAACGAAUUCAUCUAGAUAUGCUUACACCAAAUACCAAAUCACGUCUUCCCAUCUACUCAACCAAAAAAUCUUCACCUGUUAUUACCAUUACAAGCAAAACCGGCGCACAAAUCCAAAAUAACACUCCUUCCAUAUCAGAGAUGAUACCCAACUAUCCAACGGUAUGUGCUUCUUUUAUCAAUCAGAUUCUGGAGGAUUAUAAUAUGGUAUCAGCAAAACAACACCUAUAUGAAAUCUCAAGUUAUGUAUGCGAAUAUGGUGAUCCGAAAGUUUUGUAUGAUGUUACAUGCGAAGCGUUGAAGAAUACCACUGACAAAAUAUGUUACCAGAUCAGCAAUGAAGCGACGAAAUCCAUCGACUUUUUAUCACUAGUGCUUUCGGAAUGGAAUCGAUAUCUUACAAAACUGGCUUUACUGAACAAUGUGCUUAGUACACUCAAUCAUUAUUAUAUCAUCAAGCAUACAAAGAUGUCCUCCAUCAUACAAAUAGGAAAACAAAUCUACUUGGACACAAUAUCAAAAUACCCUGUGAUCAAGAACCGAACUAUUAGUACCAUUACUUAUAUGAUAGCAUGUCAAAGGAACCGACAGUCGAUGAACCGACAACUAGUUCAAUCCAUCAUACAAUUUAUAUACGACGAAUUAACGAUAUUUAAGACUGAUCUCGAAGAAGAACUGGAAACAAGUACACGACAGUAUUACCAAUGUCGAUCAGAAGCGGGAUUGAAUGCUUUGGGAAUGUAUGAUUUCGUGAUUUACGCCGUCAGGUUGAUCCUCACGGAAGCCGAAUGUAUGAAGGACUAUGCAGCUCUUCCUUUGAAGAUCAUCAAUUCAACUACCCAUAUCGCCAUCGAUGAAGUCUUAUUGAAACAUCUGGAUCGUAUAUUGAAAGAACUCUUUGGUUUAUUGAUAUCCGAGAAUCGUGGCAUCACACUCAAGGCUCUUUAUCAUAUGAUCAAACAGUUUGAUGAAGUAUCCAAAAUUCAAGCAGCAUUUGAAACAUAUCUAAUGGUAAACGGCAAUAAACUUUGCUCCAUCGAACCUGUAGAAAAAGGAGUCAUUGGCGAAGAGGCUCAGGCAGUCUCAUUUGUGAAUACACUACUGGAUUUUAAAGCAAAAAUGGAAAGGAUCGUUGAAUGGUGCUUCUGUGGAGAUGCAAGUUUCAAACAUACUUUGAAAGAUAGUUUGGAGACUCUCAUCAAUAGUUAUUAUUCCUCUUCGGCUCAACAGUUUGCAACUUAUCUGAAUAAAACAUUGGAAUCUAUACCUUUACAAUCCAUUAUAACAAAGGAACCUGAAACUCAAGCUUUGGCCCGUGCUGUUGAUCUAUUUGGAAGUUUGGAAGACAAAGAAUUAUUCAAAUAUUACCAUAAGACCUACUUGGCAAAACGUUUAUUGAUGAACCCAGAUCAAGAGACGAUUACGAAGGAUCUAUUUAUGAUUGACGUUUUAAAAUCAGAAUGUGGAAAUGAUUUUGUUAGCGACCUUUAUGUGAUGAUCAAGGAUAUACAACAAUCGAAAGAACGAAAUGAACGGUUCAAGCAUCACAUCGUACUACCUUCAAUUCGUAAUUGGAAUGUCAAGAUAUUAUCAAGUGACAGCUGGUCACUACCCCAAUUGGAAUUAGAAGUCAAACUAUCGACGGAGAUGCUGGUUUAUCAACGUCAAUAUGCGAAACUCUAUGAAAAAGAACAACCUGGUCGAAAACUGACGUGGCUGCCCUUAUUGGGAACAUGUAUUUUGGAAGCUUCAUACCCCCAAUGUAGUGUUCAACUAUCAACUUCACAACUUCAAGCGAUGAUCCUCUUGUUAUUCAAUGAUACUGAUCGCACCUACUUGUCUUCUUCAGAGAUCAUUAGGCUUACCAAUAUUAGUGAAGAACAAGUCAAGAAUGCCCUGGACAAGUUAUGUGAUAAUGAAGCACCGCUCCUAUUGGCAGAAAAACAACAAUCAACCAAUCUUUCGCCGAAUACUCAGGGUGUAUUAUACAGAUGGAAUUCUAAUUACCCUAUCAGCACUAUUCGAACCAAUCCUGAUUUACGUGAUAUACCUGAGCUAUUACACACUGAUACCAAACAUAUCCCUAGACAUAUUCUAUUUGGAAUGGAAGAAAAGGUUGAAGCUAUUACAAUCAGAAUUCUGAAGGCAAAUAGAACUCAAAAGGUGAUGGAACUAGAUGAAAUCAUUAAGAUAGCGAAACAUUCAAAGGUCAAUUUUGCAAUGAAUACAACAAUGGUGAAACCGGCUUUGGAUCGUCUCGUGAAAAGGUAAGGAAUUGGGUAUACACAUGUUUAAAAUCACAUCGAGUCUUACGUGAUUAAUUAUAGGGGUCUGAUUUAUCAAACAAAAGAGGAUUGCUAUCAAUACGAUGAAUGAAGGAUCAACUUUUUUUUUUGUUGGAAGACUUUGAAUGAUGCUGGAACUAUCAACGUUAGACAUAUUGGACACAUGGAAUAAGGAAUGCCUAGAUGUUUGUUAUUCUUCUUGACAAAGUUUAGCGUAGUUUUAUACAGUCUGGUUUAGAUUAGUUGGAUGAAUAUGUAUAUCUUUAUUUUAUAUAAUAGGAAUAAAAUACAUUGCAUUUUUUACAUUUGGAA